UCCCUUGAUGGUCCUUCCCCACCCAUUGUCCUCACUCUGCUCAUGAUCCGGUGUAGUCACUUCGUAGAGCAGUCCAUAACAUGAACAAGCAGCCUCCCAUCAUGCCGACAUUGCGAGCCAUGCUCUACACCAGCUUUACCCUCACCACUCUCCCGAUUCGUAUCCUCGGCAUCCUAAUCUACUACAUCCCCAAGGUCACGCGUCCCCAUCCGGCAUGGACCUACCGUCAAGCCAUCGGCUUGAAGAUCUUCGCCAUCUGGUGGAACUACGCAACAGCAGUGGAAUACCGCACACCGAAAACCCUCACUCCCGGCCGUGAAGGGCAGCGCUUCGUAGUCAUCGAUCCACCCUCCAACCACCCAGCCCUCGACCGCGGCAUCCUCCGCAGCGUGCCCUCCAUUCACCCCAACCCCAUCGGCGCAGUCUGGUACCCUUCCACCCCCUCCAAACCCCCCAGCCGCGUAAUCCUCCACUUCCACGGCGGCGCCUACGUCCUGGGCGGUGCCCGCCGCAAACAAAAUGGCUGGGGCCCUCGAAUCCUCAGCCAAUAUAUGAACAUCCCCGUGCUACAACCGCAGUACCGUCUCUCCGUUGAAGAAAACGCCUCGUUCCCCGCGGCUCUCCAGGACGGAAUUACAGCUUACGUAUAUCUCCUGGAUACAUUGGGCGUGGCACCCAAGAACAUCAUUCUCUCCGGGGACUCAGCGGGGGGAAACCUCGUCUUGGCAAUGCUGCGGUAUUUAACUGAGGAAGUCGAUGCGGGGGUACCGGUACCGUUACCGUUACCCUUACCUGGGGCGGGGUUAUUGUGGAGUCCGUGGGUGGAUUUGACGGAUCGGGCGGCAUGGAAGGUCGAUGGGCAUCCCUGUCGGGGGAAUGAUUAUUUGACUGGGAGGUUGGUGGAGUGGGGGUGAGACGGGUUACGCCGGAUGGAUGGGAGAGGGGACAUCGGUUUUUGAGUCCGUUGGGGAGGGCGUUUCGGGUUGGGACGCCGUUGUUUGUGCAGACGGGGACGGCGGAGGUGUUGUAUGAGGAUCAUGUGAGGUUUGGGGGGGAGAUGAGGGGGGUGGGGAAUGAGGUUGAGAUGUG